AUGGCGGACUACGACAGGAGACCCGAUUAUCGACACGGCGGCGGGCGCUACUCAGGCGGUGGCAAGCGCAAGCGAGGUCGCGGUACGAGCUCCUGAAAUUGGUCCUCCGUUCACUUCAUCAUAACUAACUUGCCGCGCGCAGAGGACGACGACUUUGACCAAGGCCUUCGCAACCAGCGCCAUCGCCCGGAUCCGCCGCCAGGCACGAGAAUCCGACGAGACUUGCUCGCAAUAGCAGAAGACCACGGAAAACUGCCGCAUCGAGUCGCGGCUGAAAUUGCGAAAUUGACCGCCGAUAACUACGACGACGAAUACGUCAAGGACACUUUCAACAUCGCCGCGCUGAAGUUGGUAUUGGAGCAGCCGUUCAAGAUUCCGUUUGUGGCGGCCGUGGUGCUGUACGCGAACACGGAGAAGUCGGAAAUCGCAGGAGAUGUCAUCGCAAAGGCUGGACAACAGCUACAGGAAGCGCUGGAGGAGGGCAGAUGGAGGGACUUCAAGCUGCUGCUGCGAUUCUUUGCCUCCCUGAGCCGUCUCUUUGAGGAGGAUGGAGUGAUGCCGAUUCUGGAUGAGCUCUUUGGCCGCGCCGCUGACCUGCAAACUGCCUCGUCUGAAGAUGUGAGACGCACACUGCGUGUGGAUUUUGAUGCGAUUUUACUAACACACUGUCUUAGGCUGUUGGCAUUGAACUUGUCAAAAUCAUUCUGCUGACUAUUCCUUACCUAGUCGCGUACUCAACGGACGACUCGUUGCAGGCGAGAGUAUCUGGGUUGCUGGAAAAGACGGAUAUCAUUGCGAGCACCACGCAUGCGCUCGAAACCCUGGUGGAUCCCUACCCGCAGACGAACGAACAGGAUGAGAAGCCCAUGACCUGCGCCAGCGUCAUUUCGCUUCUUCAAGCCCAAGUGACCGAGGAGUCCAGCAACGGCUGGAAGCUCUCCUGCAUGCCAAGACCGUACGACCCAACUUACAAGCACACAGUGGUCAAAGCAGAAGACGAGAGCAACGGAGAGACGAACGGGGACGCCGACACCGAAACUCCGGCGACGAAGCACGCGUUCCCCGUUAUUACCGUUCCGGCGCAACUCCACACGGGAUCGAGAACCCUACUUCCUGAAAUCUACUUCUCAGUGUUCGCUGACCAGGAGGUCGAGUCUGUGCCACCCACUUCAAACAUUGCAGCGUGUUUGAUUCGAGAUGCUGUUGUCGAUACCAUAAACAUACUGGACUUUAACCGCAUUGCCGUGGCCAGGAUCCUGACCGAGAUCGAUUGCUUCUGGAGCACCGGAAGCUUCGUGAAGCGAUCUAUGGCUUUCGACAAGCUGAGAGACGUCGAAGAUGGCAAGCCUACGUGGAAGUCUGAAGACGUAUGCAUUGAUGCCAUCUUCUCCCAGCUCUUCCAGCUCCCCACCCCUGAGCAUCGCGUUGUAUACUACCACUCGCUCAUCACGGAGUCCUGCAAGAUCUCUCCAGGAGCAAUUGCGCCCACUCUGGGUCGCGCUAUCCGUUUUCUAUUCCGCAACAUCUCCCAGAUGGACAUGGAGCUUUCCUACCGCUUCAUGGAUUGGUUUGCUCACCACCUGAGCAACUUCGAAUUUAGAUGGAAGUGGGCUGAGUGGUGAGUUUGCUGCAAGUACCAAUCCAUGACCUACAAAUGCUGACAGUGUAAAGGGUGAACGAUGUCGAUCUAUCCGACCUGCAUCCAAGGAAGGCGUUCAUCAUUGGUGCGCUCGACAAAGAGAUUCGCUUGUCGUUUGCGAAGCGUAUCCGCGAGACCCUUCCUGAGGUGUACCAUCCCCUCAUUCCUGCCAGCAAGGAGAGAGACAUUCCUCCAUUCAAGUUCGAGAAAGACCAGACUCCAUACGCGAAGGAGGGACGUGCGGUACUGGACUUGCUCAAGAAAAAGUCGCCAGAAGAGGAAAUUCAGCAAGUGCUCAACUCUGUCCACGAGCAGGCUGCUGGACUGGGAGUUGCAGAUCCACUUGUUCCAAGCACCGACAUCUACAUGACUGCCAUUCUCAGCAUCGGGUCCAAGUCGCUGUCACACGUCCUCUCGACUAUCGACAGGUGCAAAGACCGCCUGCUCGCAAUCGGACAGCAGUCCGAGGCAGCUCGACGCCAGGUCAUUUCUUCUGUUGUCGAGUUCUGGGCUGACCACCCAGGCACGGCAGUCAACAUUGUUGACAAACUUCUCAAUUACAGCAUCAUCACCCCGAUGUCUGUCAUCCAGUGGGCUCUGAAUGAUCGCAUGGAUCGUGGUCGCGCACUCGCCUCUUCUCAAGUCUACGAAAUGGUCUCCAUCACCAUGUUCAAGGUCACGAACAGGGUUCGCCAGGUCUCGCGCGAGCGGAACAACCUCAACCUGUCUUUCGAACAACGCAAGCAGAUUGACGAGGCCUUGCCACGGGAGCGUCACGGCAUGCUUGACCUCUUCACUGCCAUCGGAGAUGCUGUCGCUGGCGUUGCGACUGGCGCUCAGGAUGAAAUGAUUGAGCGUUUCGAUGGCGAGAGCGUCGAACAAGAUCUGAUUCAGCAGUGGGGAAUGCGCUGGGUUCGUGUCUGGAAGCGGAAGGCUGCGGUGGAGGAGGCCAUCGUCGGGGAGGCAGCAGUAGGCCCGCUCGAGGAGCCUGCGGUCGUGGACGGCGGUGCGGCAGACAACGACAACAUCGACAACGGAGAUGCGAUGGAUGACCUGGAUCAAGUCUCUUAG